AAUGGCACAGUAAACCUGUGAUAGGUAAUGGAUAAGAUGCAAAAAUUUCAGCUUCAUCUCAUUACCCCUUCCAGAAGUACAAGAUUAAAUCAGUAUUAAGUUUUAUUGUAAUUGAAGUCAAAAUCUGCAGACAAAGCAAGGAUAAUUGAUCGAGGUUUAGAGCAAUCCUGUCGCCUACUGUUCAACGUCAGUCCAACCUUCCAACUGCUGAAAAACAGGCCACUCUCAGAGGACACGUGUAGGUAACAACUGGACGUGGAGAGUCGGUGUAAAACCACUGAAUUUCUGUGCACUAUAAGAGGAAAGGAAACCCAACAAGAAGGAUAAGCAGGCCUAAAGAAAUGGCGAUAACAAUGGGAAAGGGCAGGUAUAUGUGGGGGGCUAUACUCAUUCUCAUGGUGGCUUGCAUUUGUACUGCUUCCUCUAGGCGUGUGGGAGGAAUUGAGGAUGUUCCAAACUUCCAACAGAAUAAGGAGAUCAAGAGCCUGGCUAAAUAUGCUGUUAAGGAAUAUAACAAGCAACAGAAUGUUGCACUUACCUUUUCCAAGGUGGUGAAGGCCCAACAGCAGGUGGUGGCAGGGACCAGGUAUUAUCUGACGCUGGAGGUUCUGGAUGGUUCUCAGAGCAAGCUAUACAGAGCUAUUAUUUAUGUGAGGCCAUGGGAGAAAUUCAAGCAGUUGCAGGAGUUCACACCUCUGCAAGCGUAGGACUCUUUGAGAAGGAAUUCAGAUCACAGAAUAAGGGAUUUAUGAUCAGGUUCCAUCUGUGAUUUUGUACGAGGAAUUCAGUUCACAGAAUAAGCGUCUUCGUGAUCAGAUCCCAUCUAUAUGAUAUGUCUGCUAGGUAUAAUUAUUCACAGAUCUUAUCUGUGUGAACCUAUUUAAGCCAUUCUAGUUAGUACAAGCAUAAUGCUGUUAGAGCAUGUUGCUAUGGUUCUACAGUUGUUUUAGGGUUUGCAUACCCUAUUCCCAAUUUCAAUACAAUGUGCUUUAAGCAUUCCUUUUCUGCCUGUAAUAUGGGGUCCAGCAUUUUGCAAAUGGGGUUGGGUAAGAAUAAAAUUUCUCCCAGGAAGGUAAUGAGGAACUCUGUCAUAUGUUUGAAACCAAUGAAGCUACCUGUAAUGAAUUUUGAGUGGGUUCUAUAACUCAUUACAAAACUCUUAUCAUAUGUUUGAAACCAAUGAAGCUACCUGUAAUUAAUUUUGUGUGGGUUCUAUAACUCAUCUAUAAUGAAAAUUUAAUUAAUCUUUGAAUUAAA